UUCGGCAGGACCGCGUCAACGCGCAGUCGUCUAAGGUCGGUAGGGUUGGUUGGUUGUGAGUCUCCGAAUUCUGUUUUCUAAUCCCGACCCACCAUUAGGGUCGCAUGGAGCACUAGAUAGCCGAUACAGAAAAGUUCCAUCCCCGUGAUAAGCUGAAUCAAGCUAAACCUGGUCGCGCGGCAGAUAGUGGAUGGAAUUCGGCAUGGACACGCUGAGAGCUCUGGAGCCGCUGCACCGCGCCUGCCAGGUGUGCAACCUAUGGCCCUGGCGCCUCGCCCCCCCGCCAGACUCGGAGGGCAUCCUGCUCCGGCGAUCGCGCUGGCUGGAGCUGUACGGUUGGACCGUGCUGAUAGCGGCCACCUCCUUCACCGUGUACGGCCUCUUCCAGGAGAGCAGCGUAGAAGAGAAACAGGACUCGGAGUCCACCAUCUCGAGCAUAGGUCACACGGUUGACUUCAUUCAGCUGGUGGGCAUGCGGGUGGCUCAUCUGGCUGCCCUGCUGGAGGCCCUGUGGCAGCGGCAGGCGCAGCGAGGCUUCUUUGCGGAGCUAGGCGAGAUCGAUCGCCUGCUGUCCAAGGCGUUGAGGGUGGAUGUGGAGGCUAUGCGCAUCAAUAUGCGUCGCCAGACGUCGCGCCGAGCUGUGUGGAUCCUGUGGGGCUAUGCGGUUAGCCAACUCCUUAUCCUGGGCGCCAAGCUGCUCUCCCGCGGAGACAGAUUCCCGAUCUACUGGAUCAGCUACUUGCUGCCACUGCUUGUGUGCGGAUUGCGUUACUUUCAGAUCUUCAACGCCACUCAGCUCGUGCGCCAGCGCCUGGAUGUGCUCCUAGUGGCCUUGCAGCAGCUUCAGCUGCACCAGAAAGGGCCCGCAGUGGAUACUGUGCUUGAGGAGCAGGAGGAUCUGGAAGAAGCAGCAAUGGAUAGACUGAUCGCUGUCAGACUCGUCUACCAACGGGUGUGGGCCCUAGUGGCCUUGCUAAACCGCUGCUACGGGCUCUCCAUGUUGAUGCAGGUGGGCAACGACUUCCUGGCUAUCACCUCCAACUGCUACUGGAUGUUCCUCAACUUCCGCCAGUCGGCGGCCUCGCCCUUCGACAUCCUGCAAAUCGUGGCCAGUGGCGUAUGGUCUGCCCCCCACUUGGGUAACGUGCUCGUCCUCUCACUGCUUUGCGACCGAACGGCCCAGUGCGCGUCUCGUCUUGCCCUGUGCCUGCACCAGGUAAGCGUGGAUUUAAGGAAUGAGAGCCACAAUGCUCUGGUAGGUACCCUUGUGCGCUAUUGUGCGCCAUUGAUAAUCCUCGUCCCGCUCCAGAUAACCCAGUUCUCGCUGCAGCUACUCCACCAGCGGCUCCACUUCAGCGCCGCUGGCUUCUUCAACGUGGACUGCACCCUUCUCUAUACGAUCGUGGGAGCCACUACCACGUACUUGAUAAUCCUGAUUCAGUUUCACAUGAGCGAAUCCACCAUCGGCAGUGAUUCCAACGGACAGUAGCAACCGAACAGCAGGAGUGACCUGUUUCCCCUUGUUGGCACAAAUAUUAAAUAAUGGCUUUAACGUUUUAUUG